ACCAAGGCAGCCACUAGGAGCCUCUUUGUGUCCUGUGUCUCUGGUUGUAUUGAGGGCCUGUUCUGGAGCAGGCAGGGACACGUGUGCUGGAGACCAAAAGACAAAUGAAGUACAUUUUGGUGACUGGCGGUGUGAUCUCAGGGAUUGGCAAAGGCAUAAUUGCCAGCAGCAUUGGAACCAUCCUGAAGUCUUGUGGGCUCCAUGUCACGUCAAUCAAAAUCGACCCAUACAUUAAUAUUGAUGCCGGAACAUUCUCCCCAUAUGAACACGGUGAGGUGUUCGUGUUGGAUGAUGGUGGAGAGGUAGACUUGGAUCUGGGAAACUACGAGCGGUUUCUGGAUAUCCGUUUAACGCGAGACAACAACAUUACGACAGGGAAGAUCUACCAAUCAGUGAUUAAUAAAGAACGAAAAGGAGAUUAUCUGGGCAAAACUGUGCAAGUUGUCCCACACAUCACGGACGCCAUUCAGGAGUGGGUGGUCCGGCAAGCACUCAUUCCAGUCGAUAGUGAUGGCGUCGAGCCUGAAGUGUGUGUUAUUGAGCUGGGUGGUACAGUGGGAGAUAUUGAGAGCAUGCCUUUCAUUGAAGCAUUCCGUCAGUUCCAGUUCAAAGCCAAAAGAGAGAACUUCUGCAACAUUCAUGUCAGUUUAGUUCCUCAGCCAAGUACAACAGGGGAGCAAAAAACAAAACCAACCCAAAACAGCGUUCGGGAGCUUCGUGGUCUCGGACUGUCGCCAGAUUUGAUUGUCUGCCGCUGUACAACGCCCAUGGAGAAAUCUGUCAAAGAAAAGAUCUCUAUGUUCUGCCAUGUAGAACCCGAACAGGUCAUCUGUGUGUAUGAUGUCUGUUCCCUCUACCGAGUCCCUUUAUUACUUGAAGCAGAAGGUGUGGUGGGCUAUUUUAAGGAGAGGCUGAACCUCCAAUUUGAAGCCAAUUCUAGAAGACUACUGAACAAGUGGAAAGAGAUGGCAGAUAGGUAUGAUCGCACACUCGAGACAUGCUCCAUUGCGUUGGUUGGUAAAUAUACCAAACUCUCCGACUCCUAUGCCUCAGUCAUAAAGGCUUUGGAACACGCAGCUUUGGCUAUUAAUCAGAAACUGGAAGUCAAGUACAUUGACUCCGCAGACUUGGAACCUUGUAGACAAUUGGAUGAGCCGGUCAAGUACCAUGAAGCCUGGCAGAACUUGUGCAGUGCCAACGGAGUCUUGGUUCCUGGUGGUUUCGGUUUUCGAGGUACAGAGGGCAAGAUCCUCGCUAUUGCUUGGGCCAGAAGACAAAAGAAACCAUUUUUAGGUGUCUGUCUUGGAAUGCAGUUGGCAGUUGUCGAGUUUGCACGAAAUGCACUUAAUUGGUCAGAUGCCAAUUCCACUGAAUUUAAUCCUAAUACAAAGUAUCCUGUGGUGAUAGAUAUGCCCGAACACAAUCCCGGAGAGAUGGGAGGGACCAUGAGACUCGGCAAGAGGAAAACCAUCCUGAAAGAAAAGAAUUCAGUAUUAAGGAGGUUGUAUAAGGAUUGUGACUACAUUGAAGAACGUCACAGGCAUCGAUAUGAGGUAAAUCCUGAAAUGAGAAGUAACUUUGAAGAAAAGGGAUUUCGUUUCGUUGGCCAGGAUGUGGAGGGAGAACGAAUGGAAAUAAUUGAACUUGAUGAGCAUCCCUAUUUUGUUGGCGUCCAGUACCACCCAGAAUUCACCUCCAGACCAAUGAAACCAUCGCCACCUUACUUGGGCUUGAUGUUGGCUGCUUCAGGAAAACUUCAGCGUUACUUGGAAAAGGGGUGCAGGCUGUCACCCAGAGAUACCUACAGUGAUCAAAGUGGGAGCAGUUCACCAGAUUCUGAAAUUGUUGAUUUGAAGCUGUCAGCCAUUCUAACACACGAAUCAUAACUGGUAUCGCUUCAUUCUACAGCUCUGAAUCACUGGUGUUUGAACUGCGACAUCCACUUGAUGUAAGAGUAUUACAUACUUGGUGUGUUGGUCUUGUCCACACAGCACACUGCCUGAGAGACACUGUUCGUUUCAUUUUGUGUUACUGUGUGACGUCUGUGAAAAUCCUAUCCAUUUAUUACAUAAAAGGAAUUAUUUUGUGUUCAUGUCUCCUGACAGCCUUCAUAGAUUUUAGAGUUAAGUUCUUGAAUCUGGAAUGUUCUACAGUGACAUAAAAUCAAAGUAACAUAUUGUAAUGGAAUUAGCAAGGAUCAUGUGGCAUACAUUUGGGACACGACGAUGCAACAACAAUUGUUCGUUUUGAAAAGUUCCCAUCUCCCAACAUUCUUAUGUUUAUGACAAACUGUACUUUUAUUUUGACACUACCUCUGCAAAAUGUGGUUUGAGCAAUGUGCUAGUUCCUUUUUACUCAGAAGCAUCCUGUGUCUGAUUCAAGCUUCUCCUAAUGUUUGUUUUCUUUUGUACCUCCAUAUGUUGCAGGUGUAGGACGGGAAGGAUGCAUUUUCCUGUUUAGCUUAUGCACUGUUACACUUGGUGUGAAACUGGUUCUGUAAAAGUUUAUUUCAUGUUGUUGAGAAAUGUAACUUCUUAUUUUUACAUGAGGGUGGAAUUACUUGACUUUGUUUAGAAAAUGCAGUCACAUUAUUACCAUUAAGAAAGAACAGUCAGGCUAUAAUUGGGAUUGUACGGUUUCAUGUUUCCAUUCAUUGCAAUCAAGUGAUCUACAGCUGAUUUUUGGAGAUUGGGAGCAGACUUCUUAAAAGAAGUAGCAGCAGCGUAUUAACUUCAGCCUUGUUCCACCAAUUAGAUAUAUACCGAGAGCAGAACCUGUAUUGAAAGAGCUGCCUCAAAGGUUUAACCAGUCCAGAAAGGAGGUUGGAGUUCACCCCCAUGUUUCCACAUCUCAAUGGUGUGAAAACUGCUUGCUUUAUUCAUCGUACACGUUGGCAUUCACAUGCGGAAGUGAGAAUGAUCCCACUAUCACCUGAUUUCUGCUUGAGUUCUUGCUCUGGCUUCAAGGCUGGAACAGGAUGAAAAAACAUCAAAAGGGCUGAACUAGCAAGGUCACUUCGAGAAUGUGAUUAAAUGUGCCUCUUUUCCUUAAGAGUUGUUUUGAGACUCUGUUCCCCACUCAUUCCCACGGACUUUAGGUCAGUUUAGAAGACGUUGCAUUUUCUGCUCUUUUUGUUUUAUGUCACCUCAGCAAAAUAUGGCUCAAUGGGGUUGAUGUUGGAAGGUAGUUUGCCCAGGAUGAGGAGCUGGAAAUUACAUGGGACAACCUCAGGAUAACGAGGUAACAAUCUAGGGCUAGGUCCGGUGAAAAUUCUUCUCCCAAAAAGUUGUCAGUUGUUGGAAUUCUCUGAGAAUCACCAGACCUCUGUGGUUAUUUUUGAAUUUCUUCAGGGCUAAAGUUGUUAUAUUUUAGGGAUAUGGGGAUAAUCCAUGACCGUAGCAUAAUUUUCAAUCUGCCAUUCUCUUACUGAGCGACAUAGCAAACUUGGCUUUGAAUUGUAUUUCUUUGGUAACUUUAGAUUUUUUUAUUUAUUCAUGAGAUGAGGGCAUUGCUGCCCAUCCCUAAAUGCCCACUUAUGUGUCAACGAUAUGACCAUCUGGAAUCAGGUGGAAACCAGACCUGGUAAGGAUGGCAGUUUCCUACUCAAGGGCAUUUGUGAACCAGAUGGGUUUUUCCAACUGUCAGCACCGUCAUCAUUAAGUCCAGAUUUUUAAAAAUGGAAUCCAGAUUCUGCCAACUGAUGGGGUGGAAUUUGAGCCCAGGUCCUCUCAGCAGUGCCCAUGGCUCUGGAUUGAUAGUUCAGCAAUAACACCACAAGUCCAUCACCUCUCCUGGAGAUUGAUGCUGGAGUAAUGAUGGUGACUAAAGACCGGGUUCAGUCUGAAACAAGAGUGGAAUUGCCAACAAAUUCAUUUGCCUCGUUGAUGCCUACUAAUAACCCAAACUGAAUCAGCUUGGUUUAUUCUCAUUUCGGUAAAACAAAAAUAUAUUCUGUCCAUGGUUAGACCCCUUCCCCAGCACAUUAAUACAAUAGUCUGAACUUAUCAAUGCAAGACAUCCAUUUAAUAACAUGCACUAGGACUCUGUAUGCACCUCCCCUCACUCUGGUUCAUUAAAUUGCAGUCAAGUGGGAAGAGCUAUUGCUGGAAUGUGACUUUUGUAGAAUGCAAGUGGGUAUGUUAUCAUAUCCCCAAGCUAUAUCAAACUUGAAAUAAAACUGUGCCUGCUUUUAUAAUUCAUCAUGGAAGUAAACUCUUGAUUUAUAUAAUCUUGAAAUAAAGAUGAAUGGAAGUAUUGUA